AUGGCUCCUUCACCACCAGUUUCAUCACAACCAUCGGGUGAGUUCAUUAUAAUUGACUUUAAAAUAAGAACCAUUGAGCUUGAUGGGAAACGAGUUAAACUCCAGAUAUGGGAUACAGCUGGCCAGGAAAGGUUCAGAACAAUCACGACUGCUUAUUAUCGUGGAGCCAUGGGAAUCCUGUUGGUUUAUGAUGUUACGGAUGAAUCAUCUUUCAAUAAUAUUAGGAACUGGAUCCGCAAUAUUGAACAACAUGCCUCUGACAACGUGAACAAGAUUUUGGUUGGGAAUAAGGCUGAUAUGGACGAAAGCAAAAGGGCUGUCCCUACCUCUAAAGGUCAAGCUCUUGCUGAUGAAUAUGGUAUCAAGUUUUUUGAGACGAGUGCAAAAACAAAUCUCAAUGUGGAACAAGUCUUCUUUUCAAUAGCUAGGGACAUCAAGCAGAGGCUCUCCGACACAGACUCAAAGGCAGAGGCUAAAACACUCAUAAUUAAUCAACCGGGUCCUUCUAAUGGGCAAGAUCAACCCCAAAAAUCUGCAUGUUGCGGUUCUUGA